AUGAUGAAGCUGGUGCUGGUUCUGCUGGUGGGUUGGACGUGGACGAGCUCGGCGCUGGUCAGGGUCCCUCUGAGGCGGGUGCCUACGAUUCGUUCACAGCUGCGGGCCAACGGCCUGCUGGAGGACUUCCUGAAGGAUCACCGGCCCGACAUGUUUAACCGCCGCUACGCUCAGUGCUUCCCGCCCGGAACGCCGUCACUGCGGCUCGGACGCUCCAGCGAGAAGAUCUACAACUUCGUGGACGCUCAGUAUUACGGUGACAUCACUUUGGGGACUCCGGAGCAGAACUUCUCUGUGAUUUUCGACACCGGCUCAUCCGACCUCUGGGUGCCGUCGACCUACUGCGUCAGCCAAGCCUGUGGUACGUUGCACAGGCGUUACAGGGCGUUUGAGUCCACUUCGUUCCGUCAUGACGGUCGGAUGUUUGGGAUUCACUACGGAUCAGGACACCUGCUGGGAGUCAUGGCCAGAGAAACACUGAAGAUCGGGAGUCUGACCGCCUGGAACCAGGAGUUCGGGGAGUCGGUCUACGAGCCUGGUGCUGCGUUUGUUAUGGCGAGGUUCGACGGCGUUCUGGGGAUGGCUUACCCGUCCCUGGCCGAGAUCCUUGGAAACCCCGUUUUCGACAACAUGAUGAUGCAGAAGGCUGUGGAUGAGCCGAUCUUCUCCUUCUACCUCAGCAGGAAAACGAGCAGCAGCAACACUCAAGGUGAACUGUUGCUAGGCGGAAAGGACGAGGCAUUGUACAAUGGACCAAUCAACUGGCUUCCUGUGACUGCUAAGGGCUACUGGCAGAUUAAGAUGGACAGUGUCGCGGUGCAGGGUGCGACUACUCUCUGUUCUCGUGGUUGCCAGGCGAUCGUCGAUACUGGAACCUCCCUCAUCGCCGGACCGACCGUUGACAUCAUCAGCCUUCACCAGCUGAUUGGAGCCACGCCCACAAACAUAGGAGAGUUCCUCAUCGACUGUGUCCGGUUGUCCAAUUUGCCUCACGUGACAUUCGUGCUCGGAGGAACAGAGUACACACUGACUCCUGAGCAAUACGUUAGGAAGGAGAUGUUUGGCACGAAGGAGUUUUGUUUCAGUGGUUUCCAGGCCAUGGACUUUGUUUCUGCCGAAGGCCCCCUGUGGAUUCUGGGAGAUGUAUUUCUGACCGAGUUCUACAGCAUCUUCGACAGAGGACAGGACCGGGUUGGUUUUGCUACUGCUAAACACCCAACCGAACUCUAAC